AUGGUGACGUCGGCAGAGCGCACCCCCGAGGCGUCCGGGCGGGACGUGGCACCAGACUUGAGGUCGCCGAGGGAGAAGAGAAGGUGCCGGACGCUGCCGUCCCGGUGGUGCGCUAGCGCGGCCAGCUGGACGCGCACCGUCCACGGCAGGGACAGCGUCCAGCGGGCGUGGUCGUCGAGCCUCCCAUUUCUGGCAGUCCGUUACGAUACGCACCGGCACUCCACCUCACUGCCAGUCUACCACAGUACUCAGUACCGAAGCAGUGUCAAACAAGGUCUGCACGGAACGAAGCAGUGUCAAAGAAGAGAAGGGGCAUUUUGGUACUUCUGA